UUUCAACUUAUAUCAAUUCGGUUUUAUACACGAAAGUUCGUUAAUUCAAUAAAUAUGAAACAAAAAUAAUAAAUUUAUUACAGAAAUAUAGAGGGAGGGUUAUACAUUUCCUCCAAAAAAUCAAAGCAGCUAAAAAGACUGACAAAGCUGAGAUUAUUGACGUAAUUAGAUUGGAUUUGUUUAGGGAAAAUCAAAACGAAACCUCGUGUACUGGACAAAGAAAAAUGAGAGAACGAAGGGUCUAGGGAUAAGAAUUUCUCAAAAUAGGCGCUUUAUGGAUAAAAUGUUGCGUUUAAUUUAUAGAUAUUGAUACAAGAAAAUUGAACAUUUUAUAAAUAUCUAUUGAGAUAAAGAGUAGCAUAGUCCAAGGCUUUCGGGAGAUAAUCUAGCAUCAUAUCAGAUGAUCACUUAUUUCAGUACGUUUGUUGCAAAAUAAAGAGUACAUUACCAGCGUUCACAUUUCGACUAUCCCAUUAUAAGGAAACAACAGCCAAUUAUGGAAAGUAACUACGACAGUAUGAUGACAGCUUCUUUCUUACCUUACCGGAUGGGUUACCUUACAGAUUGGAUGGUGAAAAAAGCAGAAGAAGAACUGAAUGAAACUGAUGAAAUUCGUGCACACUCUCUCACAGAACUCAGGAAACUGAUAGCAAAAGAAAAAAACCUGGAUGUUUGGACUGAUAAUUCUUAUUUGCUGCAGUUUCUACGAGCAAGAAAAUUCGAUUCAGACAGAGCAAUGGAACUCAUUCGCUGUUUAUAUACAAUAUUGAAGGAUAAUCCUGAUAUAUUUCCUAAGAAACUUGACACAGACAAGGCAAUUAGUGUUUUUGAGACAAAUGUUGGGGGUGCUUUCCCUUAUAGGCAUUCGGAUGGGGGCGUCAUCGCUUUUAUAAAUAUAGCGAAUUGGAAUCCUGAUCAAAUUCCAAUACAGCUAGCUAUCUCAGCAGUGACAGCUAUGUUACUUUCUUUGGUAGAAGAUCCAGCAACUCAAGUGUGUGGAGUUCAUAUCGUAUAUGAUGCACAAUAUAAGAUGAAUCAUUUACGUGCGGUCAGUUUGAGAUACAUAAAGUUUUUCUCAAAAUUACUUAGAAAUAUGUUGCCCGUUAGAUUCAAUAGUGUGCAUAUUGUCAAUGAAUCACCUAUCUUUAGAUAUCUAUUCAACAUGUUGAAGAUCUUCCUAUCUGAAAAAAUACGGAAUAGGUUCCACUUCCAUGGGAGUGAUAUGAAACAGUUACAUCAGUACUUACCUAAAGAAAUUUUACCUCCUGAAUACGGUGGCGAUAAUAUAAAUUAUUCUGCAAGUGAGUUUUGUAUAAAGGAGUUUAGCCCAUUCGUCAAAAAAUACAGUGAAAUGCAUCGAAAAGGUUAUUUUUGAUAAAAUGUAAAUAUUUUCCGAUUUUGAAUAUAUAACGACAC